UCCAGCCUCGGUUCAUGGCGUGCUCUUGGAUCAUGGGAGACUACUUCGGCAAGCUCGUGCUGCUCGUUCUUGCCUUGUCCGAGGUGUCGAGAGCUUGGUAUGUAGCCCCUCAGGUGCCCUGCUUCUUCAUCUUCGGGGACUCCCUGGUGGACAAUGGCAACAACAACAACAUCCUCACGCUCGCCCGGGCCAACUACAGGCCUUACGGCAUCGACUUCGUCGAGGGCUCCUCCGGGAGGUUCACCAAUGGCCGCACCUUGGUCGAUGUCUUGGCUCAGUUGCUAGGUUUCCGAGGCUUCAUUCCGCCCUACGCCGUCGCAGAGAGAGCUGGCAUAUUUAGAGGCUUGAACUACGCCUCGGGGGCUGCCGGCAUCAGAGACGAAACCGGCAACAACCUGGGAGAUCACUACCCUCUUGCACAGCAAAUAAACCACUUCCGUGACACCGUGAGGGUGAUGACGAGAAUGUUCAGGGGGAACUCCACCAGGGCUGGUGACUACCUGGGGAAAUGCAUCUACUACAUGGGGUUGGGCAGCAAUGACUACCUGAACAACUAUUUCAUGCCCACCAUGUACCCGACCAGCAGAGAAUACAGUCCCCGAACUUACGCUGCUCUCCUCCUCGAAGACUACUCCCGGCAGCUAACCGAACUGUACGAUCUGGGAGCGCGAAAGGUGGCGAUCAUCGGGAUCGGCCAGAUUGGCUGCAUACCGUAUGAGCUAGCUCGAUACAGGAAUCGCAACACUAGGAAAGGCAGCAGCAGUGGUUGCAACGAGGACAUCAACACGGCCAUAUCGAUCUUUAACACAGGCCUUGUGAGGAUGGUGAAGAGGUUCAAUGCUCAGCUUCCUGAUGCCAAAUUCGUCUACGUCAACACGUACGAGAGCUCGAAAGAACUGGUCGCGAAUGCAGCUUCCUACGGGUUCGAUGUGAUCGACAAGGGCUGCUGCGGCGUGGGGCGGAACAACGGGCAGAUAACAUGUCUUCCUCUUCAGACGCCCUGCGCCGACCGCACUAGCUACUUGUUCUGGGAUGCAUUCCACCCCACGGAGGUCGCCAAUGUCAUCUACGCCAAGAAAGCAUACAAUUCCUCUUCUCCUUCUGAUGUAUACCCCAUGAACCUGAGGCAGCUUGCCAUGGCCUGACUGCCAGUUUGAGUUCCUGAGCUGGAUGAAUAUCCAUUCUUAUCUGCAGAAGUUUAUAGCUGCAACUUCACAUCAGAUUUUUAUCGCAGUACCUUAGGAACAAGUUCUUGAUGUCAUUAUCUCGGAUGUGGAAGUCUGCCUCAUGCAUUUAUCACAGUAGAGCCUUGGGGCAUUCAUCUUCUCCAAUCUCUGUUACACUGAAGCUUGUUUUACCUAAAAAUUCAGUGUCAGUAGUUUACUUUGAGUAUGAAGCUGUCUGAUGGUAUUUCAUCUAAGUUAUAUCACCAUGGACA